AUGUCAGGGGUCACCCAAAGCGCAAAGAGAGCGACAUCUACCAGUAGUACAGUCACCACUGACAUGUCAAGGGUAACUGACACUACAGUCAUUGUGCGCGCAUAGCAUUGCUGUGCGGCACAGGAGCUUCUUCACCGCAUCUAGGAGUGGGCUAGGGACGUACUCACCUGCUAGAAUGCCACUCUGCAAUGCCCACAGGCCACCACUGACAUGUCAGGGAUCACUGUAACAGCAAGUCUUGCACUCAAUGUGCGCACUGUAGAGCAUGAAUUGGUGAUCUUUUCACAGUCUCAUGUAAAAUGUACUUGACACAUCACUGCCUGGCCCUGACCAUCACCCCAAUGCGCACACCAAAGGCCCUGGUACACCAGUCUGAUCACACUAUUGAUGUCCCACCCAGGGACAUUGUUGAUGUUGACUCUAUCGGCUGCCCUGUGCGCAUUAUGGACGCGUCAGAGCGCGCAUCAGUCACGUGCAUAUGCAUGCCUGAGGGCGCGCGCACAAGGUCACGUGCAUUUGGUCACGUGGCCUGAGCUCUUGCGCCAAGACCAACUUCAGUUGCUCAUAUCUCAGUCAAUAUUGCUCCAAUUACGCCCAAACUUUGCAUGGCAGACUUUAUUGUACUCCUCUAGGGGCUGCUGCUUUAGGCCUGCAAUUUUUCCUUGUGCUCAUUGACCUCACCAGCCAAAUGUUGGGGUUUUGCAUGGUUUUUGGUGAUUUUCUCAACAACCAAGCAACUCUGAUGGGUGUCACUGGCAUUAUUUUGAAGUGCUCUUUGGUCUCUACAAGAAAGUUGCUCUAACUCAAAACAGACUUUCGUGGGACCCCCUUGUAACCCUAACCCUAACCCUAACCCUAACCCUAACCCUGUCGCCUAGCGCCUCGCGCACUCCUUCCUCCUGGGAGCGUCUCAGGACCAUCGAGUCGCUCCUCUCCAACCUCCAACGCACCACCGUCAAGCAGAAACGCAAGCUCGACGCAUUGCGCAAAGCGGCUGAAACAUCGGCCGCUAGCGACGCCUCGGCUCGCCGAGACGCUCGUCUCCGACACACGGAGACAGGGCCGACUCAUCGUGUGGGGGCGCAUUUGCGCCCUGUCGACCCUGUCGGCCGACCCUUUGGGGUCUUCGGUCGGAGCGCGUCUCCAGCUCCUGGCCCCAUUGGGCUAGCCGCUUCCAGACCCGUGCCACCGCACAUUUGGCUGGGUCUCACCGGUCGAACCGCUCCCGCAGCCGACCCUCUUCCCUGUCAAGCCGCCGCCGCCCAGCCCAAACCACUCGACAAAGCAGCCUCGAGUGAGAACGGUGGCUAUUAUGACGACGUUCUUUCUUUGUUCUCGUUCCCCUCCAAAGGCGUCAAGAUGGAGGCACCGAAGUGGGAAGGUCAGCCCAAGACCUUCGAGGACUUCAUUUACCACGCGGAAGUUUACUUCAGCGUGAACCAAAUUCCUCGAAAGGCCCGACCUUCUCUGGCCAUCACCUUCCUGAAGGGUCGUCCUCGGGAUCUGAUGGUCACUAUGGUGACUGCCUACCGCCGACAACAGGAAUCCCUGCGGUCAAGCGGGUCGGCAGUGCUGCACGUGGACCCUGCUCCUCUUCGGAAGUGGUCGUCGUUCAUCGACCAUCUCCGCACCAUGUUCCUGGUGAACAACCCCUCGGCCGAGGCCAUCCGCAAGCUGCAAGAAAUGCGGCAAACGGGCAUGGUCAGCAAUUACGUCUCUCGGUUUCAUACCCAGGCCGCAAUCGCCUAG